AUGGCUCUCUCUAUGAAGAACAAGUUGCAGUUUGUUGAUGGAACUCUUCCUCACUCAUCCACUCUCAAUGAAUCUGAGUUUAGAGCCUGGAAGAGUUGCAAUGAUACAAUAUCUUCAUGGAUUGUUAACACUGUAUCGAAGGACAUUGCUACCAGUAUAAUCUACAUCAACAAUUGCCAGGAUAUGUGGCUGAGUCUGAAGGAAAGAUUCUCACAGAAAAACGGACCACAAGCCUUUCAACUUCAGAAAGCUAUCUCCAGCUUAUCGCAGGAUAGCAUCUUGAAAUCUGUCCAAACAUUUUUUGAUCAACAGUACGUUUUCCAAUUUUUAAUGGGGCUCAAUGAGUCUUUUGCUCACAUCAGAGGUCAAAUCCUCUUGAUGGAUCCACUUCCUCCAAUUAAUAAAGUGUUUUCACUAGUUGUUCAAGAAGAAAGUCAAAGACAAAUCUUCAUAGGAUCCAUGACUUCAAACCCUGCAGACUUGAUAACCAAAUCUGUCCCCACACAGCAGAAUAGGUUUCCUAAGCAGAUGACUCGAAGGGAUAAACCAGUCUGUACUCAUUGUGGCAUUUCUGGACAUACCAUUGAUAAAUGUUACAAGUUACAUGGCUUCCCCCCUGGAUUCAAAUUCACAAAGAGGCCUUAUUUUUCCCCAAGCUCAAGUGUAAACUAUGCUGCUCAGACUCAUGGAAAACAUUUUUCUGCAACUCCACAAGUUCCUCAGCUGCCAAUUACAGUAGAACAGUGUCAAAGGCUUUUGGAAUUCUUGUAG